AUGGCCGAGGACGAGAUCUACGAAUAUGUCCCACCGAGCGCCGCCGCCCCCGAAGACGCCGCGCCACCCCCACAAACCGAGGGCCUGGACACGGCGCCGCUCGUUUCCAGUGAAGAGGCCUUCCGCGCGGCGGCUGCGGGUUUAACAAGAGACGCGGCGGGCCGCGCGCUGCACGGGGGCCGCGCGCCGCAGCGCAGCGCGUUCGAGCACCCUCGUUUAAAAUUGGCGCGGCUGCGGCGGGAGACCGACGAGCUGAGCAAGGAUUUAGCUGCGGCGCCGGAGGCCUACGACGGGCGGACCGCGGCGGCGCUGCUGCACGACGUCGAGGACCUGCGCCUGUCGCUCCAGCGCCUCGCCGCGGGGCUGCCCGCCGAACCGCCGGCGCCGCCGGCCUCGUCGGCGGCCGCGGCCGCGGCCGCCGCGCGCCGCGCGGCCGACGCCGCGCUGGCGGGCGUCGCGGCGCGAGCCGCGGCGCCGCCGCCGCCGCCCGACGCCGCCGCGCCGGCGGACGCGUCCGCGAAGACGCUCGCGGCGCUCGCCGCCGACGCCGCGGCGCUUGGGGCGCAUUCGGACGAGGACCGGGGGCCCGUCGCGGCCGUGCUGCGGCGCCUCGCUGAGUUAAGGGAAGUGCACGGCGAUGCCGCGGCGGCGGCCGCGGCGCUGCCCCGCGCACGCCUCGAGCUCGCUGCGGUCGAGCGGCGCAUCGCGGCCACGGACGCGUCCCUGAAACGCGUCGCCGAGGCCGUGCGGGCGCUGUCCGACCCCGAGGCGUCGACGGCGGACUCGGACGCGGGGCACUUCUGAUGUUGUUAAGGUUAUUUACGAACAGAUAGAUAUC